AUGGCGUCUCAUGCUGCGAUGCUCCUGAAUCCCAAGGGUGCCAAACGACAAGCCCAAAGCAAUGGUAAUCAUCCCCUUUCUUCUUCCCCAGCGAGUGGUUUGCCACCCACGGAUUCUGUCGCUAUGUCCUGCGAGCCUCCCUCGGAAAAAUCUCGGCCUAUGACUUAUUCUCCUGCGCUUGCUUCUCCUGAUUCCCCUGGUGCCUCUUCUCGCGCUUCUACCCUCCCGUGUGCGGACGCAAUGGAUGUCUUGGCCAUGCCUAAAGACCCUCUUGACUCAACGGAGGCGCCUGUCCAUCAUGACACCGAGAUGGAUACUCAGCCCAUGCCUGCGGACAUCAUGCAUCCAGCUGACUCUUGUGUCCUUUCUGCCCCUCAGAUGGAUACUUCGCUUAUGCGUACGAAGUUUCUUGGCCCAGCUGAUUCCUUUUCCCCUUGUGCUCCCAAUCCGCUUGGUCCGUGUUCAAGUCUUUCUUCCCACAAUUUAUCUUCUCUUGUUACUUCUCCGACAGAUCCCACGCUUCUCGACUCCAGGGAUUCCCAAGGCUUACUUUUGAAAGGUCCAGGAAAGCAGCAGGGAAAUGGUUCAUCUGUCUCUCCCAUGGGUCCCGCAGGCACCACAGCCGUCACACGCAUCCAUCAACCAAAUAUUCACACCUUUUCAAAUGUGGCGUCGGGAAUCUCGACCCCAGCUGAGAAGUCGGAAUCCGGCCUGACAGUGCAUUUCAGCACCACCAAUGACGAAGACGACGAAAGCGACACGAAAAGAAGUUACCGCGAGCUGAGUGAUGACGAAAACAUCACCUACCGACCCAAUUUGAUCGAAAAUGUCUAUGGCGUUGAAAAGCGGAAGAACCAACCGACGAAAAAAAUCAAAACCCAGCAUGAUGUGGAAGAGAAACCGAACAUGGUGAAAGCGCCGGUCUCAAUAUCUGGAGAUAGCGGGCUUGGGAAGUGGAUGAAAGAGGACGAUAGGAAACAAAAUCCAAUUUCCAGUACACCCAACCUGGUGGAUUUGACGACAGACCUUGUUAGCACAACUAAGGACGAUGACGAAGUCCUAUGCACCGGUUCAACAGAUCUCAGCGCCCAGCGUGUCUGCUUCGGCAAAGUCGAAAACGCAAUGAUCACCGCCCAUUUAGUCCCCAGACCAGGACACUCCGUUUGCACCGACUGGUCGCACGCUUGGCCAUCUAUUAAAUUAGAUCUUCAACGCCAGCCGGUGAAGGGCAAUUAUCAGAUUCACGUCGCGGACCCUCAUGGUAAAGUUUUCGGUACAAUUGACCCUAAAACAGCACAAGGACUAUGUCCGCUUCUGGACUCCGAAGUACAAAUUAUCGAGGUGACAGCCUUAUUGGAUUUCCGGAGAACCUCGCCGAAUGAAGAGAUCUGGACUCCCACCUCAGCGCUAUGGCGUGCAACCCUCAAUAUAUAUGGCCAAAGAAAGCACGCAGAGGCUGUCGGCAAAUUCCUAUCUCACCGCAAUGUCUGGCUAGGGGCUCCAAAUUCGGUGGACAAAGGAACUGCUGUAUUCAAUCCACACGCGGAGAGUCGACGCCAGCUUACUGCCGCCACCAACUCUGCGCGGACUCGCCCAGCAUGUUCGACCAGCUCGCCAACGUGA